AUGUCAGAUCGCAAAGGGAAAAAAUGCUCAAAAUCCCGAUCCAGAUCCCGAGAACGACGCAAGCGUCAUAGAGAUGAAAAAAUAGAUGAGUUGGAAAACCGCGUGAUUAACCUAACAAAGGUGGUCACGGUCCUCGUCAACAUUCAGAAAGAACAAUUAGCUUCAAAAAAUCCUCAACAAGAGAAUUCUUUAGCUAAAGAUAAUAAUGAUCCUGAUAAUAAGGAGAACACAGACAAGACAGACAGUCCAGUGGAAACAGUGACGCUGUCAGACGAGGCUAACGGAAAAAUAGAUCCUACCACCGAGGCAGAAUCAUCAAGAGAUGAUAUUUUAAAAAUUUUGGGUUUUGAUGCAAAAGAUUCCACAUUUAAAGAUGUAAAGCAUCACCCAGAAUUAAAAGAAACCUGGCUGGAGUGGAAAAAGAAAGGGCUGCCUGAGAAAAAUAAAAAAGAAAUUCUCCAAUCGUACAAUAGAAAAGGGGAAUUUUACACAGAAGCUCCCAAGAUAAAUCUUGAGGUUGUACCUCUCUUAUCAGAAAUUGCUAAGAAGAGGGAUCAACAUUUUUUAGAAACACAGAAUUGUGUUGGUACGGCAAUUUCGGCGUUGGGGGCAGCAGUGUCUUUGCUACUAGAUCUUCCAAAAGAAGGCCUGGAUGAGGAUCUAUUUACCACGUACAUUAGUCAUGCAGGCCAGAUUUUAACUGAUGUAUUUUUUCAACAGACAGAAGCCCGAAAAUCUUUUAUUACUCCUCAGCUAAAUAAAAAUAUCAAGCCAGUGGUGGAUUCUAUGAUCUCCAAUGAAUGGCUAUAUGGAGACAAGCUAAAAGAAAGCGUCAAGGAUGCCAAGGAAAUUGAGAAAGCCUGCGCCGAUAUUAAGGAGAAGACUCCUCUGAAAUCGUCUCAAAAAUUUCAGAGUUCGGGAAACUCCAAGUACCCACCGGCGACUUACCGUCCGGUGGGUCAACAACAGAGACGCUUCAUGAAAUUCAAACCGAAGUCGAACAAGACGCAGCGUACGUCAUCGAAGACAGCAAUGCGGUCGACGAGCCACUCAUCGUCGAGGAAAUAG